CCUCAACAGCGGGCGUUUCGGGCAGAUCCAAACAGAAAAACUGCCCCUCCAUCCGUUCUUGUCAGCUUCACGUUCACUGCUUCUGCAUCCUACCGCCAGCACACGUUGACCGACGCCAGAGUUGUGGUCUAUAAACAGUGUCCUCGUCUUAUCAAUAGUAUUCGUCUCUGCAGUCAACCCGCUUCUUUCAAGCCUCGUUUACCUAUAAACUCCAUCCAAGAUGCCGGGCUUCUCGCAGGCCACCGAAUUGAAAGCAUGGCAAGCUCUGGUCGACCACCAUAACAAUGUCGGUCGCAAUCUUGUCCUCAAGGAAUGUUUUGCCCAAGAUCCUCAGCGGUUUGAGAAAUUCAAGAGAGUCUUCAAGAACACUGCCGACAACUCGGAGAUCUUGUUUGACUUCUCCAAAAACUUCUUGACGGAAGAAACGCUCAAGUUGCUGGUCAACUUGGCCAAAGAGGCCAAGGUUGAAGAACUGCGGGAUGCCAUGUUUGCUGGCGAGAAGAUCAACUUCACCGAAAAGAGAGCAGUCUACCAUGUCGCGCUUCGAAACGUUACCAACCAGCCCAUGGCUGUGGACGGAAAGAGCGUCGUCGAGGAGACCAACGCCGUGCUGCAACACAUGAAGGAGUUUUCGGAACAGGUCCGAAGUGGUGAAUGGAAAGGAUAUACCGGCAAGAAGUUAACCACUAUCAUCAACAUUGGUAUCGGUGGUUCCGACCUUGGUCCAGUAAUGGUUUCGGAGGCCCUGAAGCCAUACGGUGCCAGAGACAUGACCCUCCACUUUGUUUCCAACAUCGACGGCACGCACAUUGCCGAGGCCCUCAAGAAUUCCGACCCCGAGACCACCCUCUUCCUCAUCGCCUCCAAGACCUUUACAACCGCAGAGACCACCACCAACGCCAACACGGCUAAGAAAUGGUUCUUGCAGCAUGCAAAGGACGAGGCGCACAUUGCCAAACACUUUGUCGCUCUGUCCACCAAUGCAGAGGAAGUCUCCAAAUUCGGCAUUGACACCAAGAAUAUGUUCACUUUCGAGAGCUGGGUGGGCGGCCGAUAUUCGGUGUGGUCCGCCAUUGGACUUUCUGUUUGCUUGUACAUUGGCUAUGAGAACUUCCAUCAAUUCCUUGCCGGAGCACACGCCAUGGACCAGCACUUCAAGACCGCGCCUCUGGAGGAGAACAUCCCUGUCAUUGCCGGUCUGCUCAGCGUGUGGUACUCGGACUUUUACGGCGCCCAGACACAUCUAGUGGCUCCCUUCGACCAGUACAUGCACCGCUUCCCAGCCUAUCUCCAACAGUUGACUAUGGAAUCCAACGGCAAAGCAGUCACCCGGACCGGCGAGUACGUUAAGUACACUACCGGCUCCAUCUUCUUCGGUGAACCUGCCACCAAUGCCCAACAUUCAUUCUUCCAACUGUUGCACCAGGGCACCAAACUUAUCCCGGCCGACUUCAUUUUGGCCGCCAAUUCCCACAACCCCGUCGAGGGAGGCCUGCACCAGCGAAUGCUGGCAUCGAACUUCCUUGCCCAAGCUGAGGCUUUGAUGAUUGGCAAGACUCCGGAGCAGGUCAAGGCUGAAGGCGCUCCAGAUGAGCUUGUCGCCCAUAAGACCUUCCUGGGUAACCGCCCCACGACCAACAUUCUGGCCGAAUUGAUCACCCCCGCCACGCUGGGUGCGCUGAUCGCCUACUAUGAACACAUGGUCUUCACCGAAGGUGCCAUCUGGAACAUCAACAGCUUCGAUCAAUGGGGUGUUGAGUUGGGCAAGGUGUUGGCCAAGACGAUCCAGAAGGAGCUUGAGACCGAGGGCGCAGGAAGCGACCAUGACUCUUCGACUGCUGGAUUGUUGGCUGCAUUCAAGGCAAAGAACGGCCUGAAAUGAAUUGCCCCAAACAAGCACAAAAGUAAAGUAUUUGGGAAGACAAGACAUCACGGUUUAACAUAAGUAAUGAAACACCAAGUCGCACAUCGCUUUGUGGGGAUUGCCUUCAAGGUCCUUCAAUCAAAGGGCCACAAGACUGUCUUUACUUUGCAUUCCAUAGAUAACUUACCCGUAUUUUUUUGUCGGUAUGAGUGCAGAUGAAUCAGAACAGCCCAAAGAAGUUGAAGCACUA